AUGGAACAGAUUCAACAGAUUAGAGAUUUGGGUACUUCAUUAGGGUAUGAAGAUGAUGAGUUGAGAAGGUUUGUUAAAGAUCAGCAGGAUAGGGUCCGAGAUGAAAGGGCUGCUUUAAGGCAAGAACAGAAAGACGAACGAGAUAGAAAAGCAGCUAUAGAAAAAGUUUUGAUUGAGAAAGCUAAGGUUGAGAAUGAAUUGGAACUACAAAAGUUGACGUAUAGUCAGAAAAUGGAAGAGUUAAGUAAACAAGCUGAGUUACCACAAUUAGUAAGUACAGGGGGGUCACAUGAUACAGUUCGUGGACCUAAAAUUCCAGCUUUUGAAGAAGGUAAGGAUGAGAUAGAUAGUUAUCUUAGGAGAUUUGAGCGUUAUGCUACUGCUCAAAAGUGGAAACCUGAUAUUUGGGCCACUCAUCUUAGUGCGUUAUUGAAGGGCAAGGCUCUUGAUGUAUAUGCACUUAUGCCGGUUGAUAAAGCUCUUGAUUAUCCAGCUUUGAAAGAUGCUCUACUAAAAAGGUAUGAUAUGACUGAAGAAGGAUUUAAACGUAGAUUUAGAAGUUGUAGACCAGAGCCAGGUGAGACUUUUAUACAGUUUUCUGUUAGGUUAGAUAGCUAUUUUAAGCGUUGGAUUGAUAUGGCACAUACAGAUACUACUUCUAUAAGUUUGUAUGACUUGAUUAUACGGGAUCAGUUUCUACAUAUAUGUUCGAAGGACUUGUCUUUGUUUUUAAAAGAGAGAAUACCAGAUUCUUUAGAGAAAAUGGUAGCUUUAGCUGAUCAGUAUCGUGAGGCAAGACAAACAAGUGCUUCCAAUCUUAUAGAUAAAGGUAAUCAGUCAAACACAUCUUCAGUAAGAAACCAAAGUGGUUCGAAACCAGUUGAUUAUAGUACAAAGAAAGAACAGAGAAGUAUAAAACCAACAGAACGUACUUCAUUUGUACCUAAUAGGGACAGAAAGUGCUUUAGGUGUGGUAAGAAUGGACAUAUUGCAACGGAUUGUAGAGUUAAUCUACAAAAGACCAACAGUGGAUCGUCAGACGAUAGAAAGAAUUUUAAAGGUAAAGUAUGUAAUACCUGUACUAUACCUACAGAUUCUAUAGUAGAUGCUAUUCCUACUGGUUGUACAAGUACACUUCCGUUGUCUUGUCAGUCAACCGCAAAUGUAAGUAUGCCUGUAAGUUCAGGUUAUGUUGAUGGUAAACCAGUCACGGUUUUACGAGAUACUGGUUGCAGUGGUAUUGUGGUUAAACGUGAUAUGGUUGGCAAUGAGUCAUUAACGGGUGGAAAACAGGUAUGUAUUUUGGCAGAUGGAACCAGAGUUGAAGUGCCAAUAGCUAGAAUUGAUAUAGAUACACCAUAUUUACAGGGAGAAUUUGAAGGAUGGUGUAUGGCUAAUCCUGUGUAUGACUUGAUAAUUGGUAAUGUAGAGGACGCUAGAGAACCAGGAAAGCCUGAUCCUUUGUGGCAACAAACGGGAGCUGUUGAGACAAGAGAACAGGUAAGAAACAAAAGUAAGCCGUUUGUGCAACUGAAGGUAAAAGAUAUCAUCACAGAUGAGGUAAAUCCAAAUGUAAUCAAGAAAGCUCAACUAGAAGAUACAACGUUGGAUAAAAUAAGAAGGUAUGUAUUAACGGGUGAUACAGUUACACGGAAGAAUGGAAAAGUAAAGUGGAUUUUAAAAAGAGGUAUGAUAUACAGACAGUUUUCGUCGUCAAAACCUGAUAGGGUAAGUUGUACUCAGUUAGUAGUUCCGAAGUUUCAUCGCGAGACAGUGACGAGAGUAGCACAUGAGUCGAUUAUGUCAGGUCACAUGGGUACACAGCGUACACUUGAUAGAGUAUUAUCAGCUUUUUAUUGGCCAGGUGUUUCGGCGGAUGUUAAGCGAUUUUGUCAGUCUUGUGACAUAUGCCAGCGUACAGUUCCUAAAGGAAAAAUAGGUAAGGUACCUUUACAGUCUAUGCCGUUGAUAGAUGAGCCGUUUAAACGCGUAGCAGUUGAUCUCAUUGGACCUCUUUUUCCUAGAACAGACAGAGGUAGUAGAUAUAUACUGACUUUGGUAGAUUAUGCUACACGUUAUCCUGAAGCAAUAGCUUUGAAGGAUAUUGAGACAGAGAGUGUUGCUGAGGCAUUAGUAGAUAUAUUUUCUAGAGUAGGAGUUCCACAGGAAAUGUUAACUGAUAUGGGAAGUCAGUUUACAUCUAAGCUUAUGGCUGAGGUAAGUACACUCAUAUCGCUUAGACAGUUAACUACAACUGUUUAUCAUCCUAUGUGUAAUGGGUUAGUAGAGAGAUUCAAUGGAAGUCUAAAACUGAUGUUGAAGAGAAUGUGUCAUGAACGACCUAAAGAUUGGGACAGGUAUGUAAAUGCAUUACUGUUUGCAUACAGGGAAGUUCCACAGGAGAGUCUGAAGUUUUCGCCAUUUGAGCUCGUGUAUGGUAAACAGGUGAGGGGACCUAUGGCAAUAUUAAAGGAGCUAUGGACUAAAGAGAUAGACGAUCCUGAGGUAAAGUCUACAUAUCAGUACGUGAUAGAUUUAAGAGAGAGAUUAGAAGCUACCUGUGAGCUUGCUCGAAGUAAUUUGGCGUCUGCAUCAAAGAAGAAUAAGGUAUAUUAUGAUAAAUCGACCAAGCAAAGACAUAUGAAGGUAGGUGAAAAGGUUCUUGUGCUCUUACCUACGGAUAAGAAUAAACUGUUGAUGCAGUGGAAAGGUCCUUUUACUAUUACUGAGAAAUUUGGUAAGGUAGACUACAGAAUACAGAUGAAUGGGAAGAUUAAAACGUUCCAUGCAAACUUAUUGAAAAGGUAUGUGGAAAGGUGUGACGUAGAUGAUGAUUUAACAGUGGUAAGUUCUGCAGUGAUAGAUACUGAUAGUGACCAAGUGGAUGUUUAUGAUGAGAUUCAUGAAAUACCUUUUACUGAUUCAGGUGAGAAUGCUAGUCAUAUUGAUGUUAAUCCAGACUUGGAUGAAAAUCAGAUAUUACAGGUAAAGGAAUUGCUGUUUUCAUUUCCUGAAGUCUUUACUGAUUCUCCAGGAUGUACCGAUCUUCUGGAGCAUGACAUUAAAUUGUCCAGUGAAACGCCUAUAAGGAUGAAACCGUAUCCUAUUCCAUAUAGUAUGUUAGACACAGUAAAUGCUGAGGUUAGUAAAAUGUUAGACCUUGGAGUUAUAGAAGCAUCUACGAGUCCUUAUGCGUCACCGAUCGUCAUUGUUAAGAAGAAGGACAAUACAAACCGAUUUUGUAUUGAUUUUAGGUCGUUAAAUAGCCAGACUUUGUUUGACGCUGAACCGAUGGGGAAUGCAGAAGAGAUGUUUUCUAAGUUAGCAGGAUAUAAGUACUUUUCACGAAUCGAUUUAUCAAAAGGAUAUUGGCAGUUACCGUUAUCAGAGGAUGCCAAACCGAAAACCGCUUUUCAAACACCUAAAGGUUUGUUUCAGUUUCGUAGAAUGCCGUUUGGACUGGUCACUGCGCCAGCUUUUUUUUGCAGAUUAAUGAGAAUAUUGUUAAAAGGUAUGGAGAAUAUAGAUAAUUUCAUAGAUGAUAUAAUCAUCUUCACCUUGACAUUUGAGCAACAUUUAGAGGUACUGUAUGAACUUUUGGUCAGACUUAAAGGGGCAAAUCUUACAGCUAGACAUAGUAAGUGUUCCAUAGGUUAUGGUAGUCUAGAGUGUUUGGGUCAUUUUGUCGGUGAUGACAAACUUAAACCUCAUACAGACAAGGUUAAAGCGAUAGAAGAAGCUCCACGACCAGUUACAAAGAAACAGGUAAGGUCUUUUCUUGGAUUAGUUGGGUUUUACAGGAAGUUUAUUCCAAACUUCUCCUGUAUUGCACUUCCACUUACUGAUCUGACGAAGAAAGGACAGCCUAGUACUGUUGUUUGGGAAAAUGCACAGGAGAAUGCAUUUCACUCUUUAAGGUGUGCUUUAGUUAGGUUUCCUAUAUUGAAAUUACCAGAUUUCACUCAGAUUUUUGUUCUGAUGACUGAUGCAUCAGAUAGAGGGAUUGGGGCAGUACUGAUGCAGUAUCAAGAGAACUCCAAGAUGCCUAUUGCAUAUGCAAGUAGGAAACUUAAGAAGAGUGAAGUGGCUUAUUCCACUAUUGAAAAAGAGUGUUUAGCCAUCGUUUGGGCUGUGCAGAAAUUUCAGAGGUAUUUAUACGGUAGAGAAUUUAUACUUGAGACUGACCACCAGCCACUUACUUAUCUUAAUAAGAAGAAAGUAGAGAAUGCUAGACUUAUGAGGUGGGCAUUAGCUCUACAGCCUUACAGAUUUAGAAUUGUAGCAGUUAAAGGUAUAGAUAAUGUGGGUGCAGAUUAUCUCAGUAGAGUUUAG